GAUUACGCUAAUCCCAAAACGAGGAAGUUUGACGAGGACCGGUUGAUACUAAAAGACGAAUAGGUAAAAUCUCAGCCGUCCAUUUACAGAUCAACGGUCUCUAUGAAACGAAUCUCCUUUUGCAGCUCCGCGUAAUCAGAAAAACCGAUCAAAAUCGAUUCCAUAAAAGAUUCACCCGCUCGAAAUAGACUGUUGUGUUGCUUAGAUCUCGAAUCGUCGUCGUCGUCUCAGAUUCUUUCUCCCUACGAGCUAGAUCUUCGUGAUUUGGCUUUAUCUUUCGUGGUGAAUGUGAGAUCUGUAGUUUCGGUACGGCGAAGCUAUGGCGGGGAAGAGUGGUGAAUCGGUGUCGAUCUCGGUGCCGUAUAGGAAUCUGAGGAAGGAUGUUGAGGUUGAGAUGGUGACGACGAAGCAUGGAAACGAAAACGCUUCUUCUUCUGCUGAUGAUGCAGCCGUGGCGAAGGAUUGUAGCUUGGUGACGUUGGUGCUUAGUUGUACGGUUGCUGCGGGUGUUCAAUUUGGAUGGGCAUUGCAACUUUCUCUUCUCACGCCUUAUAUUCAGACCCUUGGAAUAUCGCACGCUUUUUCCUCUUUUAUUUGGCUAUGCGGCCCUAUUACAGGCCUUGUGGUCCAGCCUUGUGUUGGUAUUUGGAGUGAUAAAUGUACUUCAAAGUAUGGAAGAAGACGACCGUUUAUUCUCGUGGGAUCACUCAUGAUCUCAAUAGCAGUGAUAAUAAUCGGCUUUUCUGCAGACAUUGGGUAUCUUUUAGGAGAUACAAAGGAACAUUGCAGUACUUUCAAAGGCACACGGACCAGGGCGGCUUUUGUCUUUAUCAUUGGGUUUUGGCUGCUGGACCUAGCAAACAACACAGUGCAGGGACCUGCUCGUGCUCUUCUAGCUGACCUAUCAGGUCCUGAUCAGCGGAAUACUGCAAAUGCUGUGUUCUGCUUGUGGAUGGCUAUUGGGAAUAUCCUUGGGUUUUCUGCUGGUGCUAGCGGACGAUGGCAAGAAUGGUUCCCAUUCCUAACCAGUACAGCAUGUUGCGCUGCAUGUGGAAAUCUUAAAGCAGCUUUUCUUCUUGCAGUUGUCUUUCUCACUAUAUGCACUCUUGUCACAAUCUAUUUCGCUGAAGAGAUUCCGUUGGCAAGCAAUAACCCCACCCGCACAUCAGGGCUUGAGCACUCAAAAUCUAAUGGUACUGCCAAUGGGAUCAAGUACGAAAGAGUGGAACGUGAUACGGAUGUACAGCUUGGAAAGUCAAACAAUGAGCAUCAGGACGAGACCUAUAUUGAUAACCCUGGAUCUGUUUUAGUAAAUUUGCUAACCAGUUUAAGGCAGUUGCCUCCUGAUAUGCACUCAGUUCUUAUAGUCAUGGCUCUGACAUGGCUAUCGUGGUUCCCCUUCUUUCUGUUUGAUACAGAUUGGAUGGGAAGAGAAGUUUACCAUGGGAAUCCUACGGGAGAGAGUUUGCUCGUGAAACUUUACGGUCAAGGUGUCCGGGAAGGUGCAUUUGGCUUGCUACUAAACUCUGUUGUUCUUGGGUUCAGCUCAUUCUUGAUUGAGCCAAUGUGUCAGCGGAUGGGUGCACGAGCUGUAUGGGCUCUGAGCAACUUUACUGUAUUUGCCUGCAUGGCAGGAACAGCUGUAAUUAGCUUGAUGUCUCUCAAGGAUAACUCUGAAGGAAACGAACACAUACUACCUAACGAAACAACGAGAACCGCAGCCGUAAUCGUCUUUGCACUCCUUGGUUUCCCUCUUGCUAUUACAUACAGUGUCCCUUUCUCAGUCACAGCAGAAGUCACUGCUGAUUCAGGAGGCGGUCAAGGUUUGGCUAUAGGAGUGUUGAAUCUUGCAAUUGUUAUCCCCCAGAUGAUAGUAUCUCUUGGAGCGGGUCCAUGGGAUGCAUUGUUUGGAGGAGGAAACUUGCCUGCCUUUGUUUUGGCGUCUGUUGCUGCUUUUGCUGCCGGAGUUAUUGCUUUGCGUAGCCUUCCCACGUUAUCUAGUUCUUUCAAGUCUACUGGUUUCCAUAUCGGGUAAACAGGGACUCCAAUACAAAACCGAGCCACACAGUCUUUUUCAGGCGGUAUAGACUUCAAAAUUCAGAUUUAGAUCCAUUCGAUUUCUUUUUUUUGGCCAUGUUAUCCUCUCUCUCGGCGUAUAUGUAUGUAGACGUUUAUCACUUGUAUAUAUGGUUGUUUUAUAGUGUAAAGACAACAACGUGAGUCUAAAUCUACAAAUACCUCUCUCUUAUCA